CCUGAUCUAGUGCAGUCCCUGAUGGCUCCGUAGGCGAGUCGUGUUGUUUAUCGGCUCUUCUUACUGGAUCGUCUGCUGUCUGUGUCUUGCAGAUUCAUUAACCAAGAUGUUGCAUCUGGCUUCGUGUGGAACGUCAGGGGUAUUCGCUGGCAGAGUUGGUCUCCUCUUGUCUGUCAUGUGGUGGCAGUUGGGUUUAUAGCAACUUCAUAACAGCGAGCAAGGUCAAAUGCAAGAGAGCAGCUCAACGGCAGAGCACUGCUGUAAAGGUGUGUUCAAUCGAAGAACAUGGCUGGUGAAAAGAGCGGGACCCAGCUUCAGUUCAUGAGAGCCUCCACCACUAUCCGUCUUCGGGACCUUUACGAUCCCAAGCCUCAACCUCCCAAAGCCCCAGUCCGGAUCCGCCCUCCAAGUCCCAGAACUCCCUCCGUAAAGGAACCUCAACCAAAUCACGGCAUUCCCAGCGAUCCUCCAACCAAGACGAUCAUGAGGAGACGAGCUCAGUCUCUUACGUCGUCUGCAGAGAGGAAGCGAGAACUUAGAAGGCUGCAGGUUCGCUUUGUGGACUCUCUGGGCCUUAACUUGGAGGAAGUCAAGGUCUUUAAAGUUCAAGAAAAACCCCUGAUACCUCAGCAUGUCAUGUUCAGGCUGCUGAUGAGCUCUGAGCUGGCUUACGGGAAGUCGUUGGAGCUGUCCUUGCCUUAUUUCAAACCAUGCUUUUCUGAAAAUAUGGGAGCCCAGCCGGGAUUUCUGAAACAUGUCUGCACUCAGAAGGUGUGUCUGGAGCAGGUUGUGUGUUCGGAUCAGGGGAUAACGGGCACCAUACAAGUACUGAACUUAGCUUACGAGAAGCAGGUCACAGUGCACUACUCCUUCACCAACUGGAGAACGCAAAACCGCUCAAAAGCGCCCUGGGUAUCGAGCGGGCGCCGCGGGGAGCCCGACGCUCCAGGAACGGACGUCUUCAGGUUUCAUCUUCCCGUCCCGCCCUUCAUCAUGCAGCCGGGAGCCAUGUUGGAAUUUGCAAUCUGCUAUCACGUACAAGGAUGUGAUUACUGGGACAACAACAACGGCCACAAUUACAAACUGUCAUGCCACAGCUACAAAGUGACUGUUCCCAGGGAGUGUGAGGAUAGCAUGCUGCAUUUCACCUGAGUGGCCACAUGGGGGAGCUAGAACACCUGCACGCUGAGACAUUU